ACUAUAUUGACAAAUACUAUAAAGCAGAUUGCAGAAUAAGUAACUGUUUGUGAACGGAAUUCGCACAGUAGUAACGACUUCCAAGUUACUGUAGUACAUGUAGCGCACUCGAACAGUUUCAAACUGAUCAUCGCGGAAACAUAUGUUCAUGACAGUGAACUGAUAAGGAAGCAGCAUCGAGUCCGCAAUCUUAAGAACAGAGCAACAAAGUUGUGCUUGUUAAGAACGCUCACAGAGAAAUGGCGCCAUCAUUUUGGUAUUUCGUCUUGAUAGGACUGUGUAUCUUGGCACAAAUUGUCGACGGUCGGCGGGAAAUAAAGUUCAACUGUACUUUGACGGCAAACUACUACGACUGCCUGUUUCGCGAUGUGAUCAUUAGAAGCGAGUCAGAAGCCGACAGUAUCUUCUUCGGUGAGCAGAAUUUCAACGAUACAAGUAUUGCAUUCCGCGAUUGUUCGAUGGUGGUGCUACCGAAAAAAAUAUUCGAAACAUUUCCUGCAAUUCAGUAUCUUUCGAGUGAUGCGUGCAAUAUCCAGAAGCUCCUUGGUGGCACCUUUGCAAACGCACAACGACUGCAGGAGCUGCAUUUGUAUAACAACAAAAUUUCCAAACUGAAUAACUUUGUGUUUAAUGGUGCACUGCAACUGGAGAUUUUAUCGCUGUACAACAAUACCAUCAAAUAUCUUGAGGAACAUGCAUUUGACGGACUAGGUCAUUUGCGGCAGCUAUACAUGGACGAUAAUUUGAUUGAAAAGUUACCGGAGAGUUUAUUUUCCGGAUUAGAAGAACUUCAAGUGCUGGAAUUGCAGAACAACAAAAUUAAAGAAAUUAACGAUGACCAAUUCAUUCUUUGCUCGAUGUUAAGAGAACUGAAUCUUUCUACAAAUAUGAUCAAUACAUUCAACAUGACGCAGCUCGUUGGAUUAAACAAAUUGGAAAUAUUAGAUAUAGGUAAAAACUAUUUGGACGAAGUUCUUGUGACCAAAUAUCUUCGUACCUUAAAUGCACAGGAAAACCAAGUCAGCAGAAUACUAAUGGAUCAGGGUGAUUUCUUUCAACUGACUCACCUAAAUCUAUCACGUAAUAAUAUAGCCAACAUCAACAAUAUUUUCAAAUUCCGUAAUUUGAUUGAACUGGAUGUGUCCUACAAUGAGCUCAUAACAAUCGAUUUUGUAAUAUUCGCCUUCAUGAAAAACCUCAAGGAAAUAAAACUGAACAACAAUCACCUGUGGAUUAUAGACAAUGGCAUUCCGGCACCAGCGAAAUCACUUCGAAACCUGAAUCUCGCUCACAACAAAUUUUUAUUCAUUGAUUUAGCAGUUUUCGAUACAUUUCCGGCACUGGAAAACAUCUAUCUCCAUGGGAACGAGCUAAUCGAUAUGCGUAUCGAGGAUGUGGAGCAAAACUUCCCCUACCUGUCGCUUGUUUCCACCGACAACAACGACUGGGACUGUAUUAAUUUGAUGAACAUCGUUACCACGCUGGAGCGGGCUUACGUAAAGUGGUCCGCCGGAAAUCGCAACUGCACCAAACCUGAACAGCACAAGUUUAUCUGCUGCACUUCGAUGGAUCAUCAUCUAAGGGAGAAAAUCGUACGUCUCACCAAAGAGAUCUACAAAUCCCGGAAGAUGAUUAAACAGUUGAUCAUGGAGAAUGCUGAGCUGCGAACGGAGGUGGAAACUCAAUUUCUGCCUACCGAUUGAAGAAUAUGCUACAGGCAAAUACCAAGCUUACCAAAAGAGGCUUCGAAAAAGAGUUAUAUAAGUAUUAUAUAAGAAAUUCAGUAAAUAUACUAGUUUAUUUGUUUGCCGUGAAAGUAAACCUCUGUGCAUGACCAAGUGAAUUGAAUGAACUGCAAUGACCUACUCAAAAUCUUAGUCCUUGUGAAUAAAAACUUACCUGUUAAUAAGAAUUGAUAUUUUUAUUUAUAUAAAUAAUGAAGUAUGUUUAUAUAAGACAUGGAAUGUUCAUACCGGUGAUCAAACGUAAUUUGUUAUAGCUCGGGGCGCCCCUAAGAUCGUUUAAUAUGUGCGAUGAAUAGAAUAAAUUUG